AUCGUAAAUAUUCUUCACACAAAUACAAAUUAUGCAAUUAUUGGAGUGGGAGUGGAGGGGGGAAAUUUAUCCGGUACCGCCCUUUGCUUGUUUGCUUUAACGGCGGUUGAACCAAUCAUCAAUCCAGUCCCAGGAAGGAAGGAAGGAAGGAAGGAAGGAAGGAAGGAAUUGAGCUGCAGGCGAAGGAAGGCAGCUCCUUUGCUUGCUUGCUUUGUGGAAGAGGAGAGGAGAAGAGCGGAGGGCCAGCAGCAGUUGGAGUUGGGAGUUGCAGGGAUGGUAGGAAACCCUUUGGCUUCUCCUUUUCUGCACCAUGAUUCUGCCUCUCGAAUUGCCUUUUCCACCGUGUCUGCAACCGCAACUGCUGAUCUCAUAAUAUAUACGCCAGACAGACUGCUGCAGAGGGUUAAUUUCUCCCACUGUUUUCCGUGUAAUGAGAACCGAGGAUUUUGGCGAUGCAAGCAACCUACAAAAAAAUGGGGACUACAUGCAGCUGCUGCUCAAACUUAUAAUUCGAGCGAAGAAGAGACCAAAUCUUGGGAAGCGUGUAGAGAAGCUCUUAGUCCAUUUAAUUUUAACGCCGAAGACGAGGAUAAGAUCCUAGGAAAGGCUUUUGGUCAUGUCCAAUCCCCUUACUGGAGCGAAGAACGUGAAAGGGAAGUUCCAAAAUUCGAGAUUGUGACGGAAACAUUAGAUUACUUGAGGAGCUUAAGCCUAUCAGAUGACGAUCUGUGCAAGUUACUGAAGAAGUUCCCCGAAGUCCUCGGAUGCGGCCUCGAACAGGAACUGAAGAACAAUGUGCAGGUCCUGAAGAGAGAUUGGGGAAUAGAAGGGAAAUCUUUGAAGAACCUUCUCCUUCGAAAUCCAAAGGUGCUGGGAUACAAUGUCGAUUGUAAGGGAGACUGUAUGGCCAAGUGCACUCGAUGCUGGGUCCGGUUUUAGCCUUAGGAGGAAUUUAAUCCUUCAAACUGUAUCAAUCAUCCCAGGUUAUUUUGCCCCUCGAGAGAGAGUUCGUAAUUUCCUGCACUGAGUAGGUUUUGGAACAAACAUGCGCGUGAAACCAAUGUAUAUGUCGAUUCUUAAGCAGACACCGACUCAGUUGAACACCUUUUGCAUAAUUCCAGUAUGUGAAUGGAAUGCAUGCAAUCGGUGCAAAUUAACAGCAUGACCGGAGAGUCGAUCGUUCAUAUAUAAAAAUUUCACCAGCUUGCCUGGUUACAUUGCCA